UUCGGUUGCAGUUUGUGUGUUUGAAUGUGUUUGUGCUCUGUGUGCAGUUGCAGUGUUUGAAGCUGGUGUGUUUGUGUGAUUGUGUGUGUGUGUGUGUGUGCUCAGAGAGCACUACAUGUUCAUGCCUUUGUGUGUGUGUGUUUGUAUGUGUGUGUUUAGCAUAUGAAUGCGGCCUGUGCAGAAGCCCUGUGAGCCUUCUGGUACCUGAGCUCACCUCCACUCUGCGUAUUUAAGCGUUUCUCUCCCUGCGUCCCCGAGCUGACAUGAACAUCUUCACUAAGGUCCCAGGAUUAGCCCAACAAACCAGCAAGCUGGGGUCUGUGCUCCAACGCGCCUUCUACGGGUCCAGUGGGCGGGUGACCCUGUUCGAGCAGAGGAACUUCGCCGGCCGGAGACUGGACCUGAGUUCUGACUGCGCCCGACUCAGUGACAAGAACUUCCCCGAGAGAUGCAACUCUGUGCAGGUGGAGAGCGGAGCCUGGAUCGGUUAUGAGCAUGAGAACUUCCGGGGCCGUCAGUACCUGUGGGACAUGUCUGAACGAGGAGAGUACAACUGCUACGACAAGUGGUGCGCUCAGGUGGACCACGUGUCCUCGGUGCGCUCCGUCAAACAGGACACCAACCCAGCCAAAGCUCACCUGUUUGAGCGAGCUGGUUACUCCGGUAAGAAGAUGGAGGUCCAGGACGACAUCCCCAACCUGAUGAGCCGCUACAGCCUCAACCGAGUCGCCUCCAUCCGCGUCCUGGGAGGAGCGUGGGUGGUGUACCAGGAGCCGAACUACAGAGGGCCUCACUACAUCCUGGAGAAACGUGACUACAACAACUUCUCUGACUGGGGCAGCCAGAACAACACGGUGGGCUCCAUGCGCCGCGUCCGCUUCACCUGAGCAUCAGUUCCAUCUUCAUCUUCAUCACCAGCAUCAUCAUCAUCAUCAUCGUGAUGCUGGGAACACGACUUCCACACAUCAUGACCCCGUCAGCUCUACACACAAUAAAACUUAUUUUAGUAAUAAACCUUCAAAAGACAAA